GCAUGGGGUGAGGUUGCUGCUUUGUGCUGCAUCAUACACAGAUGAGUCAACGGGAGCAGGCUGGCACAGUCUACUGUACACCGAGAAGUUCACACACUAUCAAGAAUUGUUUUAAAGGUCGCCGAAACAACUAGCAAUCCAUGCACUUAACCGGAAGGAUUUGACAAGCUAAGUCAAAUACUUAUUUCCCAAACAGGCAGCUUCAGAAACAAACAGAGCGAGGAGCACUGAGCAGAAGGUGAGGUUUGUUGGGACUGGAGAUAUGAAUGCGGACAUCGAGGAGCAGGAAGACGAACUGCUCGCCCUGGAGAGUAUUUUUGAUUCGGAGGAGUUUGUCCGAAAUGAGUCGAAGUUUGCCGGAGAAAUCCGAGCGUGUGUUGAGCUGCCUGCAGGCUUCAACGUGCUUUUGAAAGAAGGAGAUACACUGAGGCAGUAUGAGAUAUCGUUCCUUCCACCUGUGCUGCUGACCUUUGAACUCCCUGAGGACUACCCAUCCUGCUGCCCCCCCUACUUCACCCUCUCUUGCAGCUGGCUGACACACACUCAGCUCUCUGCAGUCUCUGAUCAGCUGACUGACCUCUACCAGGCCACUGGAGGCGCUGUGGUGCUCUUCUCCUGGUUACAGUUUCUUAAAGAAGAUGCUCUCAAGUUCCUGGACAUCCAUACUCUGCUGGAGCUCCCCUCUGAAGAACACAGCCUGCAGGAACCAUCAAAUGCUGCACUCUUGGAACCAAAGAACAAUCACUCCAAUCCAAAGUCAGAACCCACAGUUUGUAAUGUGUCAGAUUUAUGUAAUCCAGACCUUUCUGCACGAUCCUUAGAAGAGGAGAAUCCAAGAGUAUUCCUUACAGAUGGCCAUGACCACUCUAACCAAAUAUCUUCAGAUGCUAGUGAGGCUAAACAGAUCUCAGAGUUUACGGCUGACCACCAGAAUAAUCUGUCCUCAGCCGCAGGCAAGUUGAAACAUGGCCAGGAAGAGUUCUUAAAUGAAGGGGAUGUUUCAGCCUCAUUACUACUUCCUCCCAGCUCCUCAGACCCACUGGAUCAAAGUGAACAAGGAGCUGCUUCUUUGCCCCACUCCUCAGAAUCCUCUCAGAAUGAAGACCAAACGCUCUCUGGUCUCUCGCUUACUCCGUCACAAACUCUCCUCUCCCAGCUCUUGAUCCAUAAUGCGGCUCAGAAACAGAAAAUGUUUGCCACCACCGUGUUUGACUGUGGUGUGUGUUUUGAGGGCUGGCUUGGUUCGGACUGUGUGCAGCUGCCGGAAUGUGGCCAUAUUUUCUGCCGGGCCUGUCUCUGCAAAUUCUGCAAGCUCCAGAUAAAAGAGGGGAACGUCCGAGGGGUCAUCUGUCCUGACGCUGACUGCCCUGCCACCCCCACACCUGCACUGGUGAGGAGUCUGGUAGGGGAGGAGCUGUUCGACCGCUACGAUCAUCUCCUUCUACAGUCAACGCUGGACUGCAUGGGUGAUGUGGUGUACUGCCCUCGGACUUCCUGUGGUUCGGCCGUCAUUGUGGAGAAGUCCAGCCGUGCCGCCCAGUGCUCUGUGUGCGGCUUUGCCUUCUGCGUCAGCUGCAGGAAGACCUACCAUGGAACAGAAGAGUGCCGGGCGAAGAAGAGCACGAAAACACAGGAAAUACAGCUGGGCAUUGCAAACCUGCCACAGUCACAAGAGGGGCUGAUGGCUCUGUGGGACGACUAUGCCAGCGGCAGUAAGCAGAGACAGCGCCUCCUGGAGAACAGAUACGGCCGCAAAAUAAUGAGGGAAACUGUGGAGGACUGUCUGAGUGAAGACUGGAUAGUCGUUAACAGCAAGAACUGUCCUCACUGCUUCUGCAGAAUACAGAAGAACAGAGGAUGUAAUAUGAUGACGUGCUCAAAGUGCUUGAAUAGAUUCUGCUGGGCCUGCCUCGACAGACUGCAAACAGGUGCAAACCAACACUUUGUGGACAGUCGCUGCGCCGCUGACUACAGAGAGUUCUGACCCAGUGCUCCUUCACUGCCAGAGGGAUGCAACCCAUGGUACGCUGUGUUUAAAUCAUUUUGCUUUUUAUGUGUACUUUAAUAAAUAGUUGAUAAUUCACAUACAUGAUGAUUUUCAAAUAGGGCAAACAAUUACAAAAAUGUGUGUGGCCAGAAAAAAAAUUGUGAAUCUGUUAGUAUUGGAAAAAUUACUCAAGAAUCAUGUUGUUAAAAUUACGCAGAAGUACCUAUUGCGCAGAAUAGCCCAAUUCAGAUGAAAUUCUUGAUCAAAUGUACUAUUAUCUGUAUAAAAAAACAAUAUAGGCUAUAUCGGCCAACACAUUAAUUGAUUGUUAAUUCAUACAAAAAAGUGAAAGAUUUCUCUUAUAAUUAAUACAAAAUCAGACCUCUGUCUUUCUGUGUCUGACCAACAGAGGAUGCUAAAUAACCACAAUGCAACAGCAACAACAUCAACAGCAGCUUGGGCACAUUUUAACUUUGCUCUACACAAUAUUCCUAUUGUUUAAUCUGUAAAAUGCAGCUUUCUUAAAAACAUGCUUAAUCAUUAUGCAUUUAAUAAUAAACCAACAUUACAUUGCUGCAUGCAUGUUUGCAGCUCUGAAAUCAAAUAUGAAUAUUCUAAGAAAGGAAAUCGGUUAGUGGGCUUUUUAAAAAGAAAAUCAGAGUUCAUUCAAAAGCAUAAUUUCUUCCCCAGUUAUAAUUAUUGAACUUAGUGGUUAUGCAACAUUUUUCAUCUUUCUACCAAAUAUUUUCUUCAAUAACUGAUUAUGUGUUUCCUGAGCCUGUGGUGACGCUUUUGAAUGCCUUGUUUUGGAACAACAGUUCAAAAUCCAAACAUAUUCUCUCUGCUAUCAUAUCACACUAAGAAAGUAUACUUUCACAUUUAACGGCUUCAAAUAAAUACUUUGACCAUGAAGUAUUGGAAUUGUUGCAGUUUACUUUUCUCUGAAUUAACUAUUAAUUAAGCAAGUAUUAGAGCUGGAUUUUUUUGUAUCAAUUAUUGUAUACAUCUUACUUCUUAUGUAAUGAAUUGUUCUACAAGGGUGAAGCCAUGCAUUUACAUUACUGCUAUAAUGUAAUGAAGAGACAAAAGUUUGUUUGUUAUUUUCCAUAGAUGUGCCUGUCAAUAGCUGCACACAAAAUUAUAAUGCACCUUUGCACUUUGUAUGCAUGGAUCUGCUUGAUAGGAAAUACUCUAUUAUUCCAUGGUAGUACUUGAGGUUUGAUUUAGCAUUAUUAUGACAAUGUGGUUUAUUGAUGUACUGCCAAUGUGACAUGCAAACUUCUCAACCAGGAUCAAUAAAAUGGAAUGAUGUAGUAAAUACUGUUAUAUAGUAACUUUUCAUCACAGAAUCAACACACUUGUUGCAUUAAACAAAAACAUUAGUUGCAAGUUCUGCUUGGAAAUCUUUUAUCCUCUACUUGCAACGUUAUAUAGGUACAUAUUUAGCCUCUAUUUUUCAGAAAUGUACAGUUUAUACCAUUUCAAUGACCUACAGAGGGCACAGAGCAGGUCAUUAUUGGGCAUUUUACAACUACUCACUGAUUGAUUUCCUGUUUAUUAAACAUCUCCCUCCCUUCCUCCACUGUUCUGUCAUAACAGUGGAACUGAGUGGACAUGUGUUUGUCAUUAUUAAGUGGUUUCUUGUGUUGUUCAUAUGAGAUAUAAAAUACAACAUAACAGAAAAGCUCAUAACAGAAAAGAAAAAGGCAUUCACAAAAAGAAUGAUAUCGAAGAACAGCGCACAUCAAUUAUAACACUCUUAAAUAGAAAGGGGCACUCUCCAGAACAAAAGAUGACAAGUUAAAAAGGGAUUGAAAGAAUUGUAUUGUGUGCUUAGUGCAUUAUACAAAGCACCUGUUGCUUUAUGUACAUUUGUGUUACAUAAUAGCCAAUAAGUUUGAGUUGGUAGAGACUACAACAUAGCUAAAAGGAGAGUGAAUAUUGGAUUCGUAUUCACCAGGCGAAGAGAAACACAAUUAUGAAUGAAACAUUAUGUGAAACUGUAUCUGCUGGAUGUGUGAAUAACUGUUUGCUAACAAGUUCUGAAAUAUAAACUUGUAAGGUGACGAUAUGUGGAAGUCAAAAACGGGAGUUAAUACAUAAUACAUAUUCAUUAUAUUGAUACUCUAAUAGUCUGAUUUGUUCAAGAAUUUAUCAAAAGCAUUUAAUGUUGCAGCAAAGACUGGCUAUGAGGCUCAAGGCCUUGCCAGGGCAACUAUAUGGCCAUAAUCUAUAGAGCAAUCCAGUGUCAACACAGAACCAUCGUCUGGCAUUGACAGCCUUGAUAAUGAUGGUGAUGAUGACAAUUACGAUUUUAUGAGCCAAAAUGCCUUUUUUGCCAUUACUUAUUACUUCUAUUAUUAUUAUCUUCAUUUCUGUUUGCAUCACGUUUAAUUCUUAUUGUUUAUCACUUCCGGAAAUGGUCACGUGGGUGUGGUUUAUUGGUAUUUUAGUCACCUGUUGGAUGCCGGUUUGGAGGAUAUGAUGUAGGAAGAGGGUGAAUGGCGCUCUGAUGACCGUUAGGUCGGGAGUUGUAUAUUGUUUGUUUUCGUUUUAUUAAACACUGGACUAUAAAUGACUU